UCCGCAAGGCUUCUUCUUUUCUCAAGCAGACGAUCCACCACCAGACGAACGAAGGUUGUGUUCUUGUCAUCAGGGUCACAGCUUGAGGCAGACUAAAUCUGCUUCACGUUGACCCUCAAUUCGCCUUUCUUGUGUAUUUAAACACCGAGCCAAGUUUCAAUAGCGAUUCAACAUGCUGAACAACUGUGCUCGCACCUUGGGCCGUCAAGCCAACAAGAGCGGGAGGUUGUACGGAACUGGAAAUGAUGUUGCUUCCAGAAUAAUACCAGACUUUGUGGAUAUGUCCAUGAACACAAUUUCAUCGCUAUUUGCAACAAGCAAGAACAAUUAUGCCACUGAAGCUUCAUUUGAAACCAAGCCCUACAAACUCCACAAACUCGAUUCUGGUCCAUCAACCAAUGUAAGCUGCACGAGAGAUGAUGCUCUUCUAUUGUAUCGCAAAAUGCAAACCAUUCGCCGUAUGGAAACCAGUGCUGGAAAUCUCUACAAAGAGAAAAUUAUCCGAGGCUUCUGUCAUCUGUAUUCUGGUCAGGAGGCUGUAGCUGUUGGAAUGUCAGGUGCCAUGCGCCCCCAUGACAUGGUUAUCACUGCUUAUCGUGCUCAUGGCUGGACAUACAUUAUGGGUAUUGACCCACUUGGAGUUUUGGCUGAAUUAACAGGACGCGUUUCCGGCUGCUCAAGAGGAAAGGGUGGCUCCAUGCACAUGUAUAGCAAAAACUUCUUUGGUGGCAAUGGUAUUGUAGGCGCACAGGUACCUCUUGGUGCUGGUUUGGCUUUUGCUCAAAAGUACAAUGGAAAUGAUGGUGUUUGUAUUGCCCUGUAUGGUGACGGGGCCUCUAAUCAAGGCCAAGCCUUUGAGGCCUACAAUAUGGCAAAGCUGUGGGACCUUCCAUGCAUAUUUGUUUGUGAAAACAAUGGCUAUGGUAUGGGUACAAGUAACCAGAGGUCUUCUGCAAGCACAGCUUACUACACUCGUGGUGACUACAUUCCAGGCAUUUGGGUUGAUGGAAUGGAUGUUUUGGCAGUCCGGGAGGCUACCCGCUUUGCUAUUGAACAUUGCAAGGCAGGAAAGGGUCCAAUGGUUAUGGAAACAUUUACAUACAGAUACUCGGGGCACUCUAUGUCUGAUCCUGGUACUAGCUACCGUACGCGAGAUGAAAUCCAAGAAGUGAGACAAACUCGUGAUCCUAUCACAUCUUUCAAGGACCGCCUUUUAUCAACUCAGCUGGCCACUGCUGAUGAACUCAAAAAAUUGGAUGCUGAAAUCAAAUCAGAGGUGGAUGAAGCAACAAAGAAAGCUAAGGCAGAUAGGGAGGUUGGUCUAGAUGAACUUCCUGCUGACAUCUACAGCCACACAUUAGAGCCGAUGAUUCGUGGCACAACACCUUGGAAUGCCAUGCCUCACAAAAAUGUUGGUGUGUCUUCAUAAUUAAUAUGAAUUCCUUAUUGACCCUGUAAUUUUACUCAAGCCAUUAUAUAUUUUAAUUGUUUUAUAGAUGUUUCAAUAUUAUUUUUUUUAAGUCUGGUUCUCCAGUUUUGUUAAUCACAUUCUUAUUUAUAAAAUUUGUUAUUUGUUAAACCAUUGUUGUAAAGUAUCUAUUGCACUAGUAAACUUGAAUAGAUGCUGAAAUUGUAAAAAAAAAUGGACUGUAAAUAAUUUCUCAUGAAAACCAGUGAUAUGAUAUGAUAUGGUCUGGUCAAGUCAAAGUUUUGUAGUAAGUCUCUAUUAAAUGAUUUGGGAGUGAGGAACAUGUCAGAAGCAAUACUGAUGAGUGAAAAUAAACGGGUCAACUCUU